UCAGGGAAGGCAAUUCACCACUGAACCCCGCGCUGGCGCUGGCUCCCCGGCAAUUACAGGGCCUCUUUUGGUUUGUCUUUACCUGUCCGGGCAACAGGAAUUGUUUGGAGGUUUUUCAAUGAUCUAAGAAACGCAGCCGCGACCUCCCGUUUGAGUUGAAGGAUUUGGGGGAUCCGCAGCCUCUUUAGCUAAACCUGAGGCAGGAAACUCGCACGAAGGAGAGAGCUCGAGCCCCUCGCUGCGAGCGGCCGCCGGCCUUGGGGCUGCGCCUCCGCCUCCGUCCGGGGGCGAAGAUGAAGGAGCCACUGCUCGGCGGCGUGGCCAUGCCCGGCACGUUCCUCCAGAAGGCUUGCCGGCUGCUCGUGGUCUUCUGCGCCCUGCACCUUACCAUCACCUUGGUCUACUACUUGUCCGGCCGAGACUUCGGCGUCCUGCAGCUCUUCUCCGAGAACCAGCAGAGCCAAGACCUGCGGGGCGCGGCGGAGGGGGCGGCGGCGGCCACCGCCGGGCAGCGGCGGGCGGGGCAGCCGGCCACGGAGAAGCCCCUCAAGUUGGCGACCGAGGGAGCGGAGCCGGAGAGCCAAACGCGGGACUCGACACCAGCGGAUUGCCCCGACCCCUCCCCGUUGCUGGUUGGUGCAUUGCGAGUAGAAUUUUCCCAGCCAGUGAAUCUGGAAUCUGUGAAGGAGUCCAAUCCGGAAGUGAGGAAUGGAGGCCGAUUUACCCCAAAGAACUGUAAAGCCCUUCAGAAAGUGGCAAUCAUUAUCCCGUUCAGAAACCGAGAGGAGCACCUCAAGUACUGGCUGUACUAUCUCCACCCGAUCCUUCAGCGACAACAGCUAGACUAUGGCGUUUAUGUUAUCAAUCAGGAUGGAGAAGAAACCUUUAACCGGGCUAAACUUCUGAAUGUAGGCUUUCAAGAAGCCUUGAAAGACUAUGACUACGGCUGCUUUGUAUUUAGUGAUGUCGACCUGAUUCCAAUGGAUGAUCGAAACACCUACAAGUGCUACAGCCAGCCAAGGCAUCUGUCUGUAUCAAUGGAUAAGUUUGGAUUUAGACUACCUUAUAAUCAGUAUUUUGGAGGUGUGUCCGCUUUAAGCAAAGAACAAUUCCAUAAGAUCAAUGGAUUCCCUAAUAAUUAUUGGGGAUGGGGAGGUGAAGACGAUGACAUUUAUAACAGAUUAAUUUUUAGGGGCAUGACUAUAUCUCGCCCUGAUGCUGUUAUCGGAAAAUGUCGAAUGAUCCGCCAUUCAAGGGACCAAAAAAAUGAACCCAACCCACAGAGGUUUAACAGAAUUUCACACACCAGGGACACCAUGAACUCUGAUGGUUUGAACUCACUUUCAUACAGAGUGGUGGAAAUUAAAAAAUACCCCUUGUACACCAAAAUCACAGUGGAUAUUGGGUCACCAAGAUAGCAUUUCAUGGGGUGCAAUAAAACACUGGAAAAUAAUCAAGGACCACAGUUUCCUCUGUUUGCAAAAUUGUGCUGGGAUUUCCCCCACCCCCUCACCCCCCCGAUUUCUCUUGCAAAGUGAACAAGAAGGCAUCGUUUAAUUGUUCAAAGGCCUUUCCAAAUUACUAGGAAGAGUGGGACUUUUCAUCCUCGGUUUGCCUCUACACACAAUUUUCUAGCUUUAUGUCAACUUUAGAGAUUGUAAAUGAGUUGUAUUUAUUUUGGUCUUGUUGGCAAGUACCACAUAUAGUCCUCUGCAGCGCACCCCAGGAUGUUAAUAGAUGUAUGAAACUGAAGACAGAUGCUCUCAAAUUACAGUAAAUUAAUGUUUAGUUCCCAAUGGUAAUCUGCCAAAUGUUAAUAUAGGUAAAAAGAAUACUGCUUUAAAUUUGUUGCUAUGGCUCACUUUAUGAAGGACUGGAAAAUGCUGCUAAAAUUGGUUUACAAGUUUACAGUUUGGAUAAUUUUUUUUUCAUGGAGGCAAUAUCAUUGUGCGUAGUGGUGUUUGUCUUUGACUAUUUUGUCUUCUAACAACCAAAAUGUCUACCGUGUCCAAACAUUUUCUUUAUGUCCACAUAUUUGAUCAAAAAUCUUCCUCAAAUGCUGCAGUUGUAUUUUUAUUGCUCUGGAGAGAAGAUUCAGAAGUCUAGCACUGGCAUUUCACCUUACCAAAGUUUUAAACGUGAGAAGAGUAUUCUAUAGCAAAAGUCAAAAGUGUUGGGUGCCGGAUCAUUCAUCAGUAAAAUAAAUAUUCUGUCUCCAGCUAUCUUAUUUCUGAAUGUAAAGGUGUUUUCUGGUUUUAUAGCAAUUUGCAGUUGUUCAAGGACAAAGCAGAUUGUAACUGUGAGUUAAAGUGAUUGCUUUUGAUUCAAAUUUACCUAAAUACUUAGUAUUCUGUAAAUCAUGAAAACUAUUUUUCUGGCAGUGCUGUACUUGAAUUUACUAUUUUUAUUGUGAUAUUUUAAAUAUAUUGGGGAGGGAAAGUUGUUUUUUGAAAAAAAAAAUGUAUUUGAAAGCUGUAUACUCUAUGGUAAAUGCCCUUAACAGGUAAGACUUAAAAAACCACCU